AUGUACUUUCGAGCCCUCACAGCUCUCCUCUUCGUCGCAUACGCCAACGCUCAUUCCUGGGUAGAGGAAAUCCGAGUGAUCGCGGAAAAUGGAACCUUCACUGGGGCGGCAGGAUACGCCCGGGGGAACUACCUUCGUACCGCGGCGGGAUUCAACGAUACAACCAUGACCUACCUGAUCCCUCCAGACGGCCAAGCAAAUGUGACAGUGAUCUAUGACAGCACCAAGCUAUGCAAGGACACACAGCAGGACCAAACACAAACAACCGGGAGUCCUCGAUUACAAGCCAAUGCGGGUGACGCCAUCGCACUCCGCUACCAAGAGAACGGCCAUGUCACCUUGCCCUGGAAUCAACCAGGCAAACCCCCGAACCGCGGGACGGUGUAUGUAUACGGAACAACAGACCCCAAGCUCGGCGAAACUCUCAACGACGUCCACGGCGUCUGGGGCUGGAAUGGCACGGGCAGUGGUGGAAAUGGCACGCUUCUGUCUGUGCAGAAUUUCGACGACGGCCGCUGCUACCAGAUCAACACGGGAAAUAUAUCCGAAUACCGACAGGAGAAGUACCCGCACGUGGCAAACACGUUGAUGGGCGCUGAUCUAUGGUGUCAACAAGACAUUCAAAUUCCAACCACGGCCACAACGGGGAGUCUGUAUACCCUUUACUGGGUAUGGGACUGGCCCACAAAAGCGAGCGCUGAUGAUGGAUACCCGGAUGGAAAGCUGGAGAUCUAUACGACUUGUAUUGAUAUUGAUAUUGUGGGUCAGGCCGCAAGCGAUGCGGAGGCGACUGAUGACUACACCGAGGGCCAAAGUCUUGACAGUGCUGCAAUCUCGUCGGAGUUUGAUGAUUUGACGAAUGAAGAUGCCGUGACUCUUUCUGGUACCACGGCGGCUGCUCUUUCAACUUCAAUGACAUCGACGUCGACGAUUCAGGCCGAGACUAGCACUUCUUCUGCCAUUUUUGUUUCGACGAUGGUCACUCAAGCCACCGCUAGUUCCUCCGCUGUCUCUAUUUCGACAAUGACAGUGGAGGCAGCCACGGUGAUUGUUACGGUCGGUGCUGUGACUGCCUGGCGGACCGUGACCGAAGUGGAGGUGCGAACAGUGACGGUAGAUAGCUGCCAAGCGACGGAGGCGGCUAGUUAA